CAUUAGGUCAUCAGUUUGAAUCUCAGUAGUCAAGAAAAAAAUGGCUGGCAAGAGGAAACUCCUGGAACUUUAAGGGACAUGGAUCUGGGGCUGAAGUCUCUAUAGGAAAACCUACCAGGGUAGAAGUCUCUGCAUCACCGCUGCCUCCCUACGAAGGUUGGGCUGCUUUCCAUCCAGCAUCGCACGUCCUAACUGAAAAAGGCAGAAACUCUCCAGAUGUCUUCCGAAAAUGACCAAGUUUUAAUCCGAAUGCCACGAAGAAACACCAGUGACCUCUCCAAGAUGACCUCCAACAACCAGAAGACCUUUACUGAAGUAGCUGUGUUAAGUUUUCAUAACAUUUACUAUCGAGUGAAAGUGAAGAGUGGCUUUCUUUUUGGUCGAAAAACAGUUGAGAAGGAAAUACUAACAAAUAUCAAUGGCAUCAUGAGACCUGGCCUCAAUGCCAUUCUGGGACCCACAGGUGGAGGCAAAUCUUCGUUGUUAGAUAUCUUAGCUGCAAGGAAAGAUCCGAAGGGAUUAUCUGGAGAUGUUCUGAUAAAUGGAGCACCUCGACCUGCCAAUUUCAAAUGUAAUUCAGGUUAUGUGGUACAAGAUGAUGUCGUGAUGGGAACUCUGACAGUGAGAGAAAAUUUACAGUUCUCAGCAGCUCUCCGGCUUCCGACAACCAUGACGAGUCAUGAAAAAAAUGAGCGAAUUAACAAGGUCAUUCAGCAGUUAGGUCUGGAUAAAGUGGCAGAUUCCAAGGUUGGAACUCAAUUUAUACGUGGUGUAUCUGGAGGAGAAAGAAAAAGGACUAGUAUUGGAAUGGAACUUAUUACCGAUCCAGCCAUCUUGUUCCUGGAUGAGCCCACCACUGGCUUAGAUUCAAGCACAGCAAAUGCUGUCCUUUUGCUCCUGAAGAGGAUGUCUGAACAGGGACGAACAAUCAUCUUCUCCAUUCAUCAGCCUCGUUAUUCUAUCUUCAAGCUGUUUGAUAGCCUCACCUUGUUGGCCUCAGGAAAAUUAAUGUUCCACGGGCCUGCCCAGGAGGCCUUGGGAUACUUUGCGUCAGUAGGUUACCAGUGUGAGCCUUAUAAUAACCCUGCAGACUUCUUCCUGGAUGUCAUUAAUGGAGAUUCCUCUGCUGUGAAACUGAACAGAGAGGACCAAGACGGUGAACUCAAGGAGACUGAAGAACCUUCCAAGAGAGGUACUCCACUCAUAGAAAAAAUAGCUGAGUUUUAUGCCAACUCUGACUUCCACAGAAAAACGAAAGAUGAGUUAGAUGAAAUCCUAAAGGGUCAGAAAAGGAAGAGCUCAGCCUUAAAGGAGAUCACCUAUGCCACCACCUUCUGUCAUCAACUCAGAUGGAUUUCCAAGCGUUCAUUCAAAAACUUACUGGGUAAUCCCCAGGCCUCUGUAGCUCAGAUAAUUGUAACAAUCAUCCUGGGAUUGGUUAUAGGUGCCAUUUUCUAUGAUCUAAAAAAUGAUCCUACAGGAAUCCAGAAUAGGUCAGGGGUGCUCUUCUUCCUGACGACCAACCAGUGUUUCAGCAGUGUGUCAGCUGUGGAGCUCUUUGUGGUCGAGAAGAAGCUCUUUAUACAUGAGUAUAUCAGUGGAUACUACAGAGUGUCAUCUUAUUUCUUUGGAAAACUGUUAUCUGAUUUACUACCCAUGAGGAUGUUACCAAGUAUUAUAUUUACUUGUAUAAUAUACUUCUUGUUAGGCUUGAAACCAGUUGUGGAGGCCUUCUUCGUCAUGAUGUUCACCCUAAUGAUGGUGGCUUAUUCGGCCAGUUCUAUGGCACUGGCCAUAGCAGCAGGCCAGAGUGUGGUAUCCAUAGCGACACUUCUCAUGACCAUCUCCUUUGUGUUUAUGAUGAUAUUUUCGGGGCUGUUGGUAAAUCUCAGAACCGUUGCGCCUUGGCUUUCCUGGCUUCAGUACUUCAGCAUUCCUCGAUAUGGCUAUGCGGCUUUGCAGCAUAAUGAAUUUUUGGGACAAAACUUCUGCCCAGGAGUCAACGUAACAGGGAAUGAUACCUGUAGCUAUGCGAUAUGUACUGGCGAAGAAUUUUUGCUCAACCAGGGCAUCGAUAUCUCCCCAUGGGGCCUGUGGAAGAAUCAUGUAGCCUUGGCAUGUAUGAUUGUUAUCUUCCUUACAAUUGCCUACCUAAAAUUGUUAUUUCUUAAAAAAUAUUCCUAAAUUCCCCUUUAAUUUACAUGAUUGAUCCAUACAUUAAAAAGGGAGCGUCUUGACAUUUUAAGUUUU